AAAAUAAAAAAUCCUUUAUUUUUUCCAUCAUCUUCUUCCUUAUCUAAGUUUUUUAUUUAUAAUUAUAAUAUUGCAGUGACCUUAAUGUGUACAAGUAUAUUCGUUACAUUAUUUGGGUCUCUGUAAAAACAAGUGCAGAAACACUAAAAACUAUGAAGGCCUUUAAUGGAACCAAUGUCAUCAAGAAACAAUUUUCUUUAAUUUUUGUAAAAUUUACAGUUUUUGUUCUGUUGUUGGGUCUUGCCUAUCGACUCAUCUUGUCCAAUUUUGAACAGUUCUCUCAGAUUGAAGUGAAAAAUACUGCUCUGUUUUCCGACAACACAUUGCCACAGGCGCCGGUGACCGUGAGUGAACCUCCGGUGACUGUCAAUGAACCUCUGGUGACCGUUGAUGAACCUACGGUGACUGUGAGUGAAUCUCUGGUGACUAUUGAUCUUCCAGAAAACCAAACUUUGCGAAAUGGAACAUGUGAUUUAUUUAUAGGAAAUUGGGUUUAUGAUCCAAGUGGUCCAGUAUACACGAACGCGACUUGCUAUUCAAUUGAAUCUCAUCAGAACUGUAUGAAAAAUGGGAGACCUGAUACUGAAUAUCUUAACUGGAGAUGGAACCCAACAGACUGUGAGCUACCGAGAUUUAGCCGUAAGAAAUUCCUCAAUUUGAUGCGAAACAAAUCAUUCACCUUCAUAGGCGAUUCAAUCAUGCGUAAUCAUGUGCAGUCAUUGCUUUGUAUUCUCUCACAGGAGGAAGAAGCUGAUGAUGUGUACCAUGACGAGCAAUACAAAAGCAGAAGAUGGUACUUUCCGCUCCACGACUUCAAUCUUUCUGUGAUUUGGUCACCUUUUCUCGCAAAAUCAACUGUUUUUGAAGAUGACAAUGGAGCUUCAACGGACAUUACUCAGCUUCAUCUUGACAAACUGGAUGAUGUUUGGACUCAACAAUUCGACAAUUUUGAUUAUGUAUUUGUAGCUGGUGGCAAAUGGUACCUGAAAUCAACAAUUUACCUUGAGAAUGAUACGAUUGUUGGGUGUCACAACUGUCCUGGUAAGAACAUUACACAGGUGGGAUUUGAAUACGCCUAUCGCAAAGCAUUGAAUACAACUUUUAAAUUCAUCAUGAACUCGAAGAACAAGGCGUAUACAUUUUUCAGAACCACUACCCCUGAUCACUUUGAGAAUGGUGAAUGGAAUAGUGGAGGUUAUUGUAACAGAACAGGACCUUUCAAAGAAGGUGAGAUUGACAUUGGUUAUGUAGACGAGGUAAUGCGCAAAGUUGAGCUGGAAGAAUUCAAAAGAGCAUCUGGAUUGGGUUUGAAGGUGAAAUUGUUUGACACAACCUUACUUUCACUGCUGAGACCAGACGGGCAUCCCGGAGUCUACAGGCAAUAUCAGCCAUUUGCUGUAGAAAAUAAGAAGAAAAAAAUUCAGAAUGACUGUCUACAUUGGUGUUUGCCUGGUCCAAUAGACUCGUGGAACGAUAUAUUGAUUCAAAUGUUGUGACAAUACAAUUAUUGAUGUUGCUCUACCAUUGUGAUUGUUCAUCUGACUAUUUUUAAUCCUCAUUCGUCAAGUAAAUAUUUUAGUCACA